AUGUUGGCGGGGCAGCCCCACGGCUCAGCCACUUGGCGUGCGACAAUCCUGCGUCAAGAUGCCGCGCCCGACGACGUCAAAGCCGGAUCAGCCCGCGGUGGGGCCGCGCCCGACGACGUCGGAACCGGAUCAACAGGCGGUGGGGGGCCGAGGGAGGCAUGGGAAGCGUGUUUGAGCGAAGAUGCCGUACGUCCCAGCGCGGGGGCCAUCCUGAACGCCAAUACCCUGUGGUAUGCCUGCGGCCGCUCCGACGGUGACGGCCGUGACGUCUGUAAAGAGCUGAGGUGCUCGUCCUGCUGGGAGGGGGGAGGGAAGAGUCUGAAAAAUGACGACAUCAUCUGCUAUCGGAUCAAGCACGGCGUGCCUGCUAAGAUCAGCAGCGGGCUGGGGCGGUUCAAGGGGGGCGACGUGAAGGCCGCAACCGCGGGCGGGGCAACCCCGCGCGACUGGGCGGUGGGCAGCGGGCAAGGAGACGCUGUAGAAAUCUUUACGAACCCCAAGGCCAAGAGGGACGACUUGAGCGGUGACGGUCAUGUCACGUUGUCAAGGAUCUUGUACUUCGUCGACCACGAGGGCAACAGACGCCCUGACUCCACCCCUGACGCGGGCCCCGCGGUGGAGUUUGUCCUCACGUACGAGUUCGUCACUUGUGGGUCUGGACGGUCCAAGAAAGCAGAUUCCGUCACACAGCACCCCACCUACUGGCUGCAGGGAGGGGUUAAGCAGGUUCCGUCAGUCUACCCGAUUGAAGCCAUUCGCAGGCAUGUCAUGAUGUACCACCACUGCCCGGGGUCGAGCUUCGCCACCGGGGUUUGGAAGCACCACUACAGGCUAGCAGCGGCCAAUCCCUCCGGGCUACGGGACGCGUACAUGCUGAACGAGCACUGGCGGAUUUCUUUUCAGGACGGUGUUGUCUGA